UCUGUGUUCCAAGAUGGCGGAAAAUGGUGCCUCUGCUUCGCAACCUGCGGAAAAUCCCGUUCCCGACCCAGAAUUAGACGAUCUGCUGGAUAGUGCUCUAUCAGAUUUUGACAAGGCUAGAACCCAGGAUGCGGGGAAGGCCGCGGAAGGACCGGCAGCGGGCGCUGACGGCGGCAAACCCGCGGGAGGAGGGGCGGGUGAGCCCCAGUCGGGAGGCGACUCGUUCCCUACUGAAGAGGAAGCACUUUUCAGCGAGGUUUUUGAACAGGAGCUGGCCGGUCAGAUCGCAGAUGAGUUCGAGAAAGCCAUGAAGACUCUGGAAGAAGAAAAUCCACAGCUGAUGGCUCAGUUUUCCAGGUUGGCCGAGGCUGCGGCAAAGGCUUCCGAUAUAGAACAGGGACCAGAUGUCAGUCCAGAAGGUGGGACCACCGAGCUGGCCAGCUCUCUGUCCCAGACCCUCCAGAGCAUGGCACAGAAUGCAGAAGAGCUUCAGAACAACCCUCUCACGGAGGAUGACCUGCUCAAGGCCAUGGCCGACCUCGGGCUGGGAUCAGAGGGGGCAACGGAAGGUGCCGGGGCCACUGACCUCCUUCCCAUGAUGCAAACCAUGAUGAAAAACCUCCUCUCUAAGGAAGUGUUGUACCCCUCCCUGAAGGACAUCUGUCAGAAAUACCCGGACUGGCUGGAACAGAACAAGUCCAAACUGUCCCAGGAAGAGAACCAGAAAUACUCCCGGCAGUUUGAACUCAUGAAGCAGAUCUGUGGCGAGUUCGAGGCGGAGGCAGAGACGGACGCUGAAGAGGUCAAGGCCAAGAGGUUUGAGAAGACGUUGGACUUGAUGCAGAAGAUGCAAGAUUUAGGCCAGCCACCAAAGGAGUUGGUAGGAGAGAUGGCGCCUGGGAUUGAGUUUGAUGAACAUGGUGUUCCUAAACUUCCAGGUGGCAAGGAUGGAGAGGCAUGUUCUGUCAUGUAGCCAGGUGGAACACAUGUCUAAACAGUGUCAGCAAGGUAGCAAAAACAGUCAUGAUCUGCUAUAGCCUAAAUCAAUUUUGAAUGAGUUUUAACAACUUCAAAGAAGUGAGCAAGGAAGAUCUGUAGCCAAACAAAUGUCAUAUCGGUAUUUCUGAAGUGAAAUAUGAAAAUAAAUUAUACAAUAGAUGAUAAGGUUAAGAUAAAUCAAGCUUGAAGCAAUAGAUGUAUGAUCAUGAUUGCAGUGUAAUCAAAUUAAAGUUAGUACAUGUACUGAUAAAAGUUGUUCUGGUCACAGCACAGCUUGUGCCAUUAUCUUGUGAGCAGUGUUGAGUGACAUGUAAUGAAAAGUGCAAUUGGUUUGUAAAAGCUGUCUUACUCCAGAAAUGUAGUGAUUGACUGUCAGUGUAUGAAAUAGAAAUAUCAGCCACAUGUGCUUGAAUGUACAUUUUCAAUGAAUUGGACUAGGUUGUACCUCAGAACUUUGUGAUGCAGUCUAAAGAGUACAUAGUUCAUUCCACACAGUAAAAUAUGUGUCUAAUAAUUGUUGAUUAUUAUAAGUGCAUAUUGGCACUGUUAUGUCCAAUGAGUGUCUUUCAUGUUCACAGAGUGCCGUAAACAACAAAUGUUGACAAUUUUAUAUUGCUGCUAUGUAAAUGUAGCACUUAUUUCCUACAUUUUCUGUUCCAGACCAAGCAUUUGUGUAUGAUUGUAAAAACUUCUUUGUUCCUUUGUUGUACAAGAUAUUUGAUUCACAGUGGUGCACAGUGUGAUUCUUAAUGAUUACUCUGUAUGAAUUUGGAUAAAAAAGUUGUACCCAUGCUAGAUGAAGCAUUGCCUCUGAUCAAAGGUGGACAAAGUCAUACAUUGACUCAUGCAUAGUUUUGUUUUCUAAAUGUUCAACUUGUGAUAAACUCAGCUUCUGCUCUCUUGUGUUACAUCUGGUUUUAAGCCACACUUUGACAUGGGCAAAAGGUUAACCACAGCAAACUAUGUUAAAAUAUAAACGAAAAUACAUGUAACUUGUCAAAGCAUAUAAAAUCAGAAUGAGUUUUAAAUCCUGGUAUGUUGGUAGUUGUUUUAGCAAACAUUACUAUAGUUACAUGAUAGGUAUCUUUUGUUGUGUGUCUAUUGUGAAAAUAGUGCUCCUGCAAGUUCAAGGAGUUCCCUCAAUGUGUGAUUAUUACUCCUGAAUGACCAGAAAUACACAAGGGAAGUACACGUACAUAAAAAUGUACUUGUUCGGUCUACUGUCAAUCUUCAAUCAUAGUCAGGACCUUUGUCAGGAAGGCGGUUAAUGACACAAUUAAAUAUGUAUUGCCUCAGAAUACAGUUAAAUAAU